UGGUUCUACUGACUGCUGUGCCCCCACUACUCCUACACGCUGGCCUUGCCGCGCCUGUGACCACAUGCGUUUACGAUACUUCGUUUCGCUUCGUGGUGCACCUUACGGUUUUCGUGCCAAGUGAGACUGCGCUGCGUGCUCCAUCGCGUAACGCACCCGAGGGCGUCGGCGCUGAAGACCCGGAAUUCUUGGCAGGGUAUUAAAAUCGCAGCAUGUUUGCUCAGGUGCUGACACGAUGCCUGCAGACAUGCGCCUCGCUCCGGGCUGUGGAGAAGACGGCCCUGAUGGAACUCCGCAAGAAGACGGGUUACACCUUCACCAACUGCAAGAAGGCACUUGAGGCCACCAACAAUGACAUCAAAAAGGCUGAGAAGUGGCUCGCCGAAGAGGCCAAGAAGUACGGAUGGGCAAAGGCGACGCAGAUGCAAGGUCGCCAGACCAUGCAGGGCCUGAUCGCCAUCAAUGUGGAUGGGCCCUUUGCAGCCUUGGCCGAGGUGAACUGCGAGACAGACUUUGUGGCUCGGACUCCGGAGUUCCAAACUUUCGUGGAACAGCUGGUGCGGUCAUGUACCAGCCACGCCAAGAAGCUGCCCUCCCUGGAAACCUCCAUCAUGAAAGUUCGGCUGGGCACCAAGGAGCUGGAGAAGCUGCGCAUCAAGGAUGGCCACACGGUGGAGGAGGCUCGAGCAUUAGCCGUUGGCAAGCUGGGCGAGCAGCUGGCGGUGCGACGAGCCCUGUGUCUCCGGGGCGAGGCGGGAACAACACUGCUCGCUGGUUACUGCCACCCGCAGAAUAACCAGAAUGUAACCAAGAAGUAUCCCUGCUUCGGUCGGUACGGUGCCCUGGUGGCAUACCGGGACCUUGGCGAUAGUCCACUGAGCGAGGAUGAGAUGGAAGAAGUGGGGCGCCACCUGUGCCAGCAGGUGGUGGCGUUGAACCCAAAGUCAAUUGGCCUGCUGGACGACUACCUGCUGUUCGAGAAGGAGGAGGAAAAGAGGAUCAAGGAGCGAGAGGAGAAGGAGAAGAAGGCCAGGGAGGAAGAAAGUGAAAAGAAGGAGCCGGAAGGCAGCGAAGCAGCAGAAGACAGUACACCAGCACCAGAAGAGGAGGAACAGCCACCCGCGGAGGAAGAAGAGGAGGAAGAAAGCCGACUACUGUUUCAGGACUAUGUUGUUGACCCCACCAUCAAGGUUGGCCGAUUGGUUGCUGAAAGCCGCAUCGACAUCAUGGACUUUGAACGUUAUGUGUGUGGCGAAAGCACCGAAAAGAAUGAGUAGCUCACGCCUCCCAGCACCAACAUGCCGGCUAUCCGUCUGUUGAGACCUGCACCAUUGCAUCAGCAUCUCUGUUUGCGCAUCAGCUUGUGCAGGCCCUCUCUUGAUGGCAGCGUUGAAUGGCGUCCAGAGUCGAAAGGUUUUGGUAGAUGUUACCCACUUAGUGCCUUCUCUCCAACACUCACAGCAUGAGCUGCAACAACACAAGGCUGGCAUGCAGGGUACAUCGAAGGCCGGCACCCUGAAUGUUUCUCGCCUGCAGAAGGGGUCGCUACUUGUUGCCUCUCACUACUGUAGCAAGAGGCAAAAUUUGUGGCAGCUGUUGCCAUCACAGGCUGCAUCUGUUUGCCGCGGGCCAUGACUAAUGCAACCGUACUUGCAUGUAACAGGGUGCCUUCAUACAUUAGAGGACAUGAUCCGGUGCCACCUGGUGGCUGGUGAUGGAACUGGUGGAGUGAGAGGACAUCACGUGCAGGAAAAGACAUCUUAGAAACACGAGAGGACAUUAUCCAUCGCCACCUGGUGGCUGGUGAUGGAACUGGUGAAGUGAGAGGACAUUCGUGUUGCACAAGGCAUCUUAGAAACACCAGAUUACAUUACCUACUGCCACCUGAUGGCUGGUAACGGAACUGGUGGAGUGGGAUACGCCUAUUUCAGCAACUGUAGAUGUCGCAUGCAACUGUAGCACUUCAUUGCAGACUUGCUGUGCUGGCAGCAGUGUUUUAGAAACAGCACAGGAAGUAACUGUGGGGCAAUGGGAAAUAAUUAUGGUGCCACCUUGUGGCCAGUGGGAAAACUUGGAUAGAGCAAGGGGUGGCAGCAUUGACAUGUUGCGCUCGCAAGUGGCAAGGUGGCAUCUUGCUUAAGUUUGUUGCAUUGUACCAGUGACCUUGUUGUGUUGCAGCUCUCUUUGCCAACUUCACAAUGCAUUCUGGGCUGUGAUUUAUGCAUGCAUCACAUGUGUCGGCUACAGUCAGUAAAUAGCUAGCGUGUAAAUUUUUCUAAUGUUAACCUAAUACCAUGUUGCUGGAACUCGUGUAGUUCAUCUGUUGUGUAGUGCAUGAUCAAUUGCUCGCAAUAGUACUUUGCGCACAUCUGUCAUGGCACAUUAGCUUCAUUGUUUUCGUAUGUAAAGCUCUGUUGUGCAUGUAUUGGACACCUGCAACCAUUGCAGCAGUGUUUCUGGUCCGUAAUUCGUCUUGUGUGCCUUGAAUGGCAUUUGUAUUUUUUUGUUAUCUACGCUAUAUUUGCGAUUAUUUAGCCGUAGUUCUCGUCGGAUGUAUAAAUUAUAUACUCUUUUACUUGAGCUUAGGCACUACGUGUUAUGUGCCGAAUGAUAUACCUUGACACUGCGGGCCCAUCAUAUGUGCAUGCUGUAUCGUGUUGAGUAAUAAAUCAUGUUGCAGUCUGUUC